AUCUCACCACUCCUCACUUCGACAUAUCCAUUCCCCAACUGAAAACCAAAACAUCAUUUUCUUGUUGUUUUCCACCACAAAAUUGUCUUUAUUUUUUUUUGUACUGUUUUAUCUUAGCAAGAACUCAGAAAAUUAAAAAAAUGCCUUGCGUGACGUCAUCCACCACUCUGCUCUCGAAAUGCACCGUUUUCCCGGCGGAGAAAUCCGCCCUGCCGGACCUCAAACUCUCCGUUUCCGACCUUCCCAUGCUCUCCACGCACUACAUCCAGAAGGGCGUCCUCUUCACGCGCCCGCCUUUUCCGCUCCCCCAGCUCAUCUCCAUGCUCAAGCGGAGCCUCUCCCAGACGCUGGCCCACUUUCCGCCUCUUGCCGGCCGGCUCGUUACCGACCCGGACGGCUACGUUUACGUCACGUGCAACGACGCCGGCGCCGAUUUCGUCCACGCCGCCGCGCCCUCCGUUUCGGUCGGAUACGUUCUUGUUGCCGGUGUGGAUGUUCCCGGCGAGGUGAAGAAGUUCUUCCCGUUUGACCUGACCGUUAGUUAUCAGGGGCAUUUCCGUCCGAUUCUCGGCGUCCAGGUGACGGAGCUGGCUGACGGCGUGUUCAUUGGCUGCGCCGUCAAUCACGCCGUCGUUGACGGGACGUCUUUCUGGAAUUUCUUCAAUACUUUUGCGGAGGUGACGAGGGGGAUUAAGAUGGUUACCCGGUCGCCGGAUUUCAGCCGGGAUUCCGUUUUGAUCUCGCCGGCGGUGUUAAGAGUCCCCGCCGGCGGUCCUAAGGUUACUUUCGCCGUCGAUGCUCCGUUGAGGGAGAGGAUUUUCAGCUUCAGCAGAGAAUCAAUUAGAAUGCUCAAGGAGAAGACUAACGGCUGUAAACGGGACGUUGACGGCGGAGGCAUAGACGUUGUGGAGUUAAUGGGGAAGGGGAGUCACGAUCCCUUGAAAACAUCCAACGGGAAGAUCGCGCCGUUAGACUGGCUGGUCAACGCGGUUACGUUGACCGAGAAAGCGUCGGAUUCUCAACAGGCGGCUGAGAUUUCAUCAUUUCAGUCGCUCUGCGCUUUGCUGUGGCGCGCGGUGACACGUGCGAGGAACCUGCCGGACACCAAAACGACGACGUUCCGGAUGGCGGUGAACUGCCGCCAGCGGCUGGAGCCGAAGAUGGACCCUCUGUACUUCGGCAACGCGAUACAGAGCAUCCCGACGUACGCCGCCGCCGGCGACGUCCUGUCUCGGGAUCUCCGGUGGUGCGCCGAGCAACUGAACAAGAACGUGAGGGCCCACGGAGACGCCACCAUCCGGAAGUGCGUCGAGGAGUGGGAGAGGGACCCGCGCACUUUCCCGCUGGGAAACUUCGACGGCGCCAUGCUGACGAUGGGGAGCUCGCCGAGAUUCCCGAUGUACGACAACGAUUUCGGGUGGGGCAAGCCGGUGGCCGUCCGGAGUGGCCGGGCGAACAAGUUCGACGGGAAGAUUUCGGCUUUUCCGGGCCCGGAAGGGAACGGGACGGUGGAUUUGGAAGUGGUGCUGUCGCCGGAAACCAUGGCGGGCCUGGAGUCUGACCCGGAAUUCAUGCAAUUUGUAUCGGGUUAUUAAAACGGGUCCGGGGAUAAGGCGUACGGAGCAGUUUAUUUGUUGUUGUCCCCUCCUAAAUUUCCUGUAAUUGCACAAUAAUUAGUUAACUCAUCGUCGUCAAACUAUCUGUAACAGUAAAACGUCAAGUUUGUUGUUCAGUUGUUCCCUAGCCAUUUUUUCUAGUUUCGUCUUUUCUUACUUACUCAUUGAUUGGAGUACCUAAUUUCUCCCUCAUUUUCUAAUUUUAAAAAAAACUAAAGUCAUUA